AUCCCACCAUGCUCGGGCUUUAACACCAUUAUCACAACAGAAUAAGAUUCAUCGAACUUUCGGGGUUUCCUGUUUCCAGUAUUGAUUCUCGAUUAUUUGAUCGUAGUUAAAAUUUGGGUAGGUGAUGAUGGAGGGUGAACGUGGCUUACCAUCGUACUAUAAUGUACUGGGAGUCGGGAUCGAUGCUUCUAUUCAAGAUAUCAAGCGUGCUUAUCGGAAGCUUGCAAUGCAAUGGCAUCCGGAUAAGUGGACGAGCACACCUUCUCGAUUGAGUGAAGCCAAGCGUAAAUUCCAGCAGAUUCAAGAAGCUUAUUCAGUUUUAUCAGACCAGAGGAAGAGAACUCUGUACGAUGCUGGGUUAUAUGAUCCCGAUGAUGAUGAAGAUGAGGGCUUGUCUGAUUUUAUGGCUGAAAUGCUGUCUCUCAUGGCCCAAACGAGGGAAGAGGAGAAAGCUUGCAGCCUGGACGAGCUGCAGAAGAUGCUGUGGGAUAUGGCACAAGAGUUUCAAUCACCGCCGUGGUUUUGUGGACCGAUGGAAGAGCAUAGGAGGUCGAAGAGGACCAAAUGGGAUCCGAGGGGGAGAUUCAAUAUGUAUGAGACCCCCAGUUGUUGAACCCAGUGGAUGAAGCUGAAUCCUUUGGAGCUGCCCAAAUCUCUUGAAAAACAAGCCUGUGGGGGCAUGUUUUGUUUUGGGGGUUGGGCCUUCAGUUUCGGCGGCAGCCUGGUGCUUUUGUGAUCCGGCUGGAUGAGAGUGCUUAGGGAUUUUAACACAUCUCCUUGAGCAAACUAUAGUUAUGUGUCUAGAGUUUACUAGUUUGAAAGAAUAUAAGGGUCAUGUCAAAUCUCUUUUGUCAAUAAACAACCCAUUAAUUUUC